AUGCAAGUGCCACAAGUCCAACACAUCGCCCUCUCAGCUGCCGCCGCGAGCGCGCGUCCAGCACAAGAAUCGGACAAGCAGCCCAUCUGUAUCGGCCAACUCAAGCUCACGUGCCUCAUCCUCUACCCAUCACCAUACAUCCACUCCAGCGCCCAAACUUCAGCAGCCGCAGGGACGAUGGACCUAGCCGCCGUCAAGUGGUCCUACCGCCCUCCGGUGAAAGGCAUCUCGAGCAGCAGGGAGACCAUCAACGUCCUCCAACCCGAUUCGAAAGACUCAUUCGGGGUCGUUGAACAGAAAGCAGCCAACGUCCUCGGACCGAUGCUUGGCCGCGGUCUCCUCCGCGUAGACGCCAAAGUUUUCCGCACAAGCGAUCCCCGGCCGACCAUGCUCCCUCUGUACGUGCUCGUAUUCACCCUCCCGCCUAAUAUCCCGGUCAUUGCGGACCUGUUCCUAAAAUCCAAUCUCUACCUCGAUAACCCGCCUGAUUACUCCCCGGAAACGCAUCAUGGGGCGCCUCUCCGCAACCCUCAUAAUCCGCCUCCUGGUGGAUGGGCUUCGCGGUUCCGCCAAGCACCUGGCUCGGGACUGAGCACCACACCUGUGUACCAGAGCAGUCAGAAGACUGUCGAGGUGCAGCGGAGUCAGGUAGAGGAGUUGUUUAAGACGCUGCGUGAUGGGGGAGAACUGCGCGAGACCCAACCACCCCGGGAAAUCGGAACAAGGCUGUACCCGCACCAAAAGCAGGCACUCACGUUCCUCUUGGAGAGGGAGGGAGAGAUGGGAUUGAAACUGGGGCUAUUUAUGGAGGUCCCUGUGGGUGGGAAGAAGCACUUUAGGUGUAGGGUCACCGGGAAAGAGUUUCCGACUCUUCCCCCCGGACCUCGAGGAGCCAUAUUGGCUGAUGACAUGGGCCUGGGGAAGACUAUCACUGUUGUUUCUCUAAUUGCUUCUACGCUCAAGUCAGCGAAGAAAUAUGGAUCUCUCCCCAUCAAGAGCAGCGAGCUUCGUCCCGCCUUCCCCACGGCACUGGAUAGCAAACUUAGACCAGCCCAUUUUGCUGGAGCGGUGUGGGGGAUGCCCAGCACCUCGACUUCCUCCCCCAGCUUAUCUACAUUCUCGAGCGCUCCGCUCGCCGAGUCAUUUACUACUCUCCCAUCCGGCUCCCGGAGCAAAAAGGCAGAAAAAGCGGAGAAAGCAGAAAGGAAGAAACAACAAGCAGAGCACGCGCGAUUAGCGCGACUUAAAACUCGCUCGCGUGCGACGCUCAUCGUCUGCCCUCUCAGUACGGUCAUGAACUGGGAAGAUCAGUUGCGUGAGCAUUGGGGGGGCAAGGUCACUGUCUAUGGUGGGGGAGGCGUCAUUACUUCCGCGCCUGGGCAUCAAGCUGAAAUAGAGAUCCCCAAUGAGAGUGAGGGCGUGAGCGUGGUGCAUCAUCAGAGAGAAGAAGAGAAGGCGUCACUUAAGGUGUACGUCUACCAUGGAAAUGCCCGCCGACCGGAUCCCGACUUCUUGGCAAAUUUCGACGUCGUCAUCACUACGUACUCGACGCUGGCCACGGAGUUUUCCAGACAACAGAAGACGGGCGCGAAUCCAGAGGAUAGCGAUGACGAGAGUGGGAACGAAUCUGGCGAAGCUGUUAGCAGUGGAAUGAACAGUGCAAGCGGGACGAGCACGCCUAAUGGCGGUGGAGGAGGGGCAAUCCCUAUCCCAAAGGGCUUUGUGGAUGAUUACGACAGCGAUGGGAUCGUCGAGGUCGAUGGGGAGGGGCAGCUCCUUUCUCCUAAGGUUGGGCCGCAGGGCAAGCUGGCGGGACAGAAGAGAAAGAGGAUUGGUACGCCUGGAGUGGAGAUAAGUAGUCCACUCCAGCAGGUGGACUGGUUCAGGGUCGUUUUGGACGAGGCUCAUUCGAUCAAGGAGACGAGCACUGUUGCCUCUCGGGCUUCUUGUGAUCUCGUUGCUGAGAGGCGGAUCUGCCUGACCGGUACACCAGUGCAAAACAAACUCGAUGACGUGUAUGCGCUGGUCAAGUUCAUCCGCGUUCAGCCGUUCGACGACAAGAACUUCUGGACCGAGUGGAUCGGUGGCCCUUGCAAGUUCGGUCAGCCUAUCGGUGUUGCUCGCCUACAGACUAUCAUGAAGGUUAUCACUCUCCGUAGGACCAAGGAGACAAAAUCAAGUGAUGGACAGAGUAUCCUUGCCCUACCGCCCCGGAAGGAUGAGCUACGCAUGCUCCAGCUGGACGAGUAUGAGAAAGGUAUCUACGAUCGGGUGUAUAACGCAAGCAAGGAGGAGUUCGAGGCGAUGUCAAAGAAAGGCGAGGUCAUGAAGAACUAUGUUGGCAUCCUGCAACGUAUCCUCCGUCUCAGGCAGAUUUGCGACCACUGGCAGCUUGUGCAGGAGCGGGGCGACGUAACUGGCAUGGACGACUCGGAACUUGAACCGGAAGAGCUCAUCGCUGCUAUCGAGAAGGAAGGUAUCAAUCUCGCGCGCGCAACAGCAGUAUUCAACCUUCUCCGAGAAAGUGCUACUGCCACUUGUGUAGAAUGCGGCUACGACCUUGCUCUUUCGGCACCGAAUUCGGACGAUCCGGAUGCUGAACCUGAGGCACCGAAGGCGAAACGCGGACCGAAGAAGGCGCGGCCUGCCAUUGGCCUGCCAGGCUUCGUUCCCCGCGUCGUCAUGACGCGAUGCCAGCAUCUCUUCUGUUACAAGUGCUACGACAGGUCGGUGUGCCCGAACUGGCCCAAAGUGGACGCUGCCAUUCGACGGCCCUGCUCGAUCUGCCAUCACACACUUGGUCCAAACGACGCAGUAGAGAUAUCGCCGUAUGGGACUAUGCCCAACAUCGCAAGUGAAACCAACAAGCCAAAGACCACUGCUGCGAAGAGGAAGGAAAAAGCAGAGCGCCAGCUCCUGUCUGGUCAGGACGUUGCUAUGUCCACCAAGAUCAAGACGCUCAUGAAUGACCUAUUGGGUUUCUCCCGAUCCAAUCCAUUCUCGAGGAACUAUGAUCCUUCUGCCAUUGAGAUCGAGACGACUGAUGCGCAUGGGAAUAUAACUAAUGAAGGCGUGGUAAAGACAAUUGUAUUCUCUCAAUGGACUAGCAUGCUGGACAAGGUUGAAGACGCGCUGGAGAUGCAUGGCAUUCGGUUCGAUCGACUGGAUGGGACAAUGCGGCGCGAUGAGCGUACGCGGGCCAUGGACGCGCUCAAGAGCGACCCGGCAUGCGAAGUACUGCUCGUCAGUUUGCGUGCUGGUGGCGUCGGUCUCAACCUUACCGCCGCCCAACGUGUCUAUCUCAUGGACCCAUACUGGAAUCCCGCUGUGGAGAAUCAGGCCGUGGACCGGAUUCACCGUCUCGGUCAAACUCGCCCAGUGACUACUAUCAAGCUUGUUAUCGAAAACACGGUGGAGGCGCGAAUGCUAGAAGUUCAGAAGCGCAAGACCGCUCUCGCCAAUCUCACCCUAGGUGGUUCCAAUCUCACACGUGCCCAGAUUGCAGAGCGUAGAAUGGAAGAGCUUCGCGCUCUCUUCCGUUAA